GAUUGCCAACACUCACAUGUCUGAGGCGAAAAGCACAUCGGAUGCUGAAGGCGCUGCUGCCGCGGCCGCUGCAGAAGCAGCAGCAAAGGAAGCGGCCGAGCAAGAAGCUGCCGCAAGGAUAGCUGCAGAGAAAGCGGCAGCAGCGGAGAAGGCAGCUGCUCAGAAAGCUGCAGCAGAAAAGGCAGCUGCAGAGAAGGCAGCUGCGGAGAAGGCCGCAGCAGAAAAAGCAGCAGCAGAGAAAGCAGCAGCAGAGAAAGCAGCAGCAGAGAAAGCAGCAGCAGAGAAAGCAGCAGCAGAGAAGGCGGCGGCAGACAAGGCGGCAGCAGACAAGGCAGCAGCUGACAAG